AUGGCUCUUUCCCUGUUACAUGUGGACCUGGUCCGUUACACACAGAAAUUUCAGCUGAAAGCCUCGGGUUUCGCCCACUUUCAUUUGGUGCUCAUCGAUGAUGUUUUUCUGAAGUGCCAAAUAGUGUUCAGUUUACCUGGCUGCACCUGGCCGGAAAUGCUAACGCUAAAUAACAGAAAACUUUGGUGGACGCACGGGGGGGAACCGUCCCUGCAAACUGUGCUACCAACGCAAAGUGAAUGGCACCAACCGGCUGGAAGUUCUCAGUUCGAUAUGAAAGCGACCAGCGAUGGAUGGCAACAGUUGUUCAUUUCGGACGACCGCCAGUCAUUUUGGAUACAACAAGUGUGUUUGGAUAACCUGCACACGAAUCGUCAAUGGCAUUUAGACAAUUCCGGUUCCCCUGAUUUAUAUACUACACCUAUAUUUCACGGGCUGAACGCGGCAAACAACAGCUGGUGCAAGCGAUUCGCUCUCCGUCCGCGAACCUACACAUAUGUCCAUCAUUUGGAAACUAACAGUAUCUAUCCUGUACAUUACCGUGUUGAGUGUAUCAGUGACGCAAGCAAUGAAUCGCGACAUCGAUAUAUUGUGAGACUGCAUGUCGCCCAACAAAGGUGGGUACAUCAGUGUCUGAUCAUCCGCCUAGUCCCCAACGCAGAUAUACUUUGGAUGUCACAAAGUCAGUCCUUCAGCUUUGAGGCCGAUCAAGCUCUGUGCGACGAGAGAAAUGUAUUCGACUCUAUUAUCUGGAUCCCUGCGUUGAACGAAAACCGCCUGAGUGUCUCGCACAACUGUCCAUUCACUGGUGGAUUUCAGAUAACAAGCAUCACUGAACUUCCGGAUCGAAAAUCGUAUUGUGACUAUCAGUCAUUUGCCACGCUCGAGAGCGAUUGCGUCGCAGAUGAGGGUAUGGAAUGGUCAUUUGAUCAACCUCGUUGUAAUCCGUUUGAACCAACUCAAGUGACACGCUUUAUUUGCCUCCAAGCAUGGAGCUUUGCGGACAUCAACUUCACCAUCCUUCAUGACAAGCGGGAUAUCAGUGGACCUAAAACCUACUCCCUCGUUUAUGACGGAAUUCCCGAAAACCUCAACCCAUUAGAAACCAAAUAUCAAAAACCUCGCCACAUAUGGAUUUCCGCUGGUUUCAAGCUUCCUUCUUGGUUGAUGGAACAGAGACAAAGAGACGGAGGGGCAAUUAGAAAUCAAGAUCAAUGGUGGACUCAUCUGAUGAGCCAGAAGCGAGAAUCUUUCGCGUUUUCUAAAUCGUUCGAAGUUGGAAUACGAAGAGCAUUUGGACACUGUGACGACGAACGCCUGACAUGUGAUCAAGGUUGUGAUUCAGAUGCACGCAACCGGAUGUUUUGCUACCGGACCUGCAGAAGUGACGAUAACAAAUGCGAUUCACCUCAGUGGGACUCAUGUCAAUUUGAAUCCGCAUAUCAAGGCGACUGGGACUUGCUCGUUCGAACCACUUCCCGGAAUGUUGGGUCAAAUCAAGGAUGGGACUCUGUUUCGCAGAGGCAGAUGAGGCUAUCGAUAUUUGGGAAACAAGUACGCCUUCUGCGAUACAGCAAAACAAGCAAUGAAAGUACGAUUUUUCAAUGUAUUCGGAAAGUUGGUGAGACCAUCAGCGACUGGUUUGUUAUUCGCACAAUCGAUCAACACAACGGAUGUCGCCCACGUGAUUUGUGCCUGGAAUUAUAUCAAAGUGGACUCAAGCGCUCCAUAGCGGAUCGGGACACGAACACAAUGUUGUACCGUUUAUCUUCGAGCCAACAACAAGGAACGGAUGCAAUGGCAUUGUGCAGAUUUGAAUCAAGGUCGAGGCAUAAACAGAACAUCAUGGUCCCAUCAAAGCUGCUUGUAAAAAAAACAGGAUUACAACAACCAUUACAACCUGGUUACAUACGCACGGUAAAGUGCGGUUUGUAUCAAAUGCGUCUUUCUGGAACGAUGCUUGUUAAUGCAGAGGAAUUACUCUUGCUGACGGGAAAUACAACGUAUAUGACCAAGGUUUCGGAACCCCCGUAUCGUCUGUCCCAACAGAAGGAAUGGCAACAACGGAUGCCACACUUCCAGUCAAAGUCUUUUCAAAACAUGGAGCCAGCAGACCAACCAACUUCUUCUCAUUCCUACAAUCGACACCCACGACAGCCCAGGCCAGUGGAAAUCAACCAGAGCUACAUGCAGCACCACUUUCGGAAACCUGUACACUGCACCGUAGCACUAACCGAUUUUAAUCGCUCAUUCGGUGUCACGGGCGAGUUUGACGACCUAUUGAGGAUACAUAGCACAUGUUCUGAAGAUGCGGCUAGUUUUCUGUUAAACAGAAGUCACCAAUGUAUUUCUUCCUACAAGCUUGACCACACCAUUUCUGAAGAAAUCAGUUAUCGGAUGAUAGUGACCUACAACCCGGUGCUCAGCGAUUACUUGUGUUGGAUUUUCAAAGUGGGCACCGGACCGGACCGGAAACAGUGGGUGGUUUUUGUUUUCGCAUCUCCGCAGUGUCAAUACAGUCAAACAGUGACGGGCAAUAUUCUGGUCAUGGAUGAACAAGCUCUGGCCAAAAUGGAUCUGAAAAUUGGUACGUUUCGCAAUUGCCAUUCCAAAUAG